CCUCUUACAAUGUUUAGGUUCUCUACAGCUCUUCAGCAUCAGAGUAAAUUGCAUAAGCAUGUAGUACCUCUUUCUAUAAACCAAAGAGUGCCAACUUCAUACUGGCGUAUGGCAUAAGAUGACAAUGACGUAAAUACAAAAAUGAAAAUGAAGUCGACAAUAGCUUAAAAUUUUUAAUUUGUCCAAGAAAUCCAGUGUAUCAACAUGAUAAAUAAAUAGUUGUGACUUGUUCGCUGUGAUUAACAACAUUAUGUUACGAAUAAGAGCAAAAAUGAAAUAAUAAUGAAUGGGAAAGUGACAUAAAUGGGUCCAACGACCGAAAAAGUAGACCUUAGCACAACACAAUCAGAUUUAGUCGUUCUUCAAGAAAAAGGGUUUAUAUUAGAGAAAAUAAUAGGGGAGGGAUCUUAUGCUAAGGUUUAUAAAGCAACUCAUAUGGUCGAUGAGACCCGGCAUUCAGUACUGGCGUGCAAAGUCAUCGACACAGCGCAGGCUCCGCGCGACUACCUCACUAAAUUCCUGCCUCGCGAACUCGACGUACUCAUCCGCAUCAACCACCCCCAUGUCGUCCACGUGUCGAACAUAUUCCAGCGGCGCGCCAAAUACUUCAUAUUCCUACGGUUCGCCGAGAACGGAGACUUGCUCGAUUUCCUCACACAAAACGGACCCGUUCCGGAGAAUCAAAGUAGGCUGUGGAUGAGGCAGAUCAUCUCGGGGAUUUACUACAUACACACUUUGAACAUAGCGCAUAGAGAUUUGAAGUGCGAGAACAUAUUGAUUACGGCAAAUUACAACGUGAAGAUAACGGAUUUUGGGUUUGCGCGGAUCGUGCGACAGAGAGACCGGGAUGUUUUGAGCGAGACGUAUUGUGGCUCGCUGUCGUACGCCGCGCCCGAGGUGCUGAAAGGCGUGCCGUACCUGCCGAAGAUGGCUGACAUGUGGUCCAUAGGCAUCAUUCUUUACACGAUGCUCAAUAAAGCGUUGCCCUUCAACGAGACUUCAGUGAAGAAAUUAUAUGAGAAGCAGGUGAUGCGCAAGUGGCGGUUCCGCACGAGCGUGGUGAACCAGCUGUCGACGGAGUGCAAGCAGCAGGUGACGGCGCUGAUGGAGCCCGAGGCCAAGGCGCGGCCCACCGCUGGCAGCAUCUUCAGCGGGCCUUGGAUCAGCAUGGACCCACGGCUCACCAAACUGACGUUUUUGGAAGAAUCUCUGCUAAAGCAAGCGCAAGACGAGUCGCAAAAGAAAGAGAGAGAUGUCGAUGAAGAAAGUGAAGUAGAGAGAAUAGCGGAACUGCGACGCAAAGGUCGAGGAAAAGAGGGUCUGAAAGUACUGAAGAACAUUGAAACAAACUACCCUAAAUCCCAGCAGUUAUUUGAAAGCAAAGAUUAAAAAAACAAGAAUUAUGUCCAUUCAGUGUUUAUUAACUCUUACAUUUUAUAUUUAUGACUUUAAGUUAUUGUAAAAAUUAUUUAAUACAUUAUUGUACAAAUGAUUUUGUUGUUUCUAUAAUGAUAUACGGGCGUGAUAAUAGUCACGCGCCGGCACUUACAAAGUUAUGGAAGACAAGGGUCCAUCAUUAGGGUAUACAUAUAAACGUUUGGCACAGCGUGUAAGGAACAGGAUUGUGGUAAUCUAAAUCAUUGAUAAACUUUUACUCUUACAACUAGAAAUAUGUUGUGCUAUCGUUAACGCUAAUAUCAUCAAUGAACAUACAAAUUGUUCCUUGUAGCUAUAAAUUAUUGUCAACAGUAACACAAACUGGCAUCGAUCAUGAUUUCAGUUAAGUAUACCACAAAAAUUCAUCGAAUAAUGAAUUUUAGGUAUAUCAUUUUCACUCAUUGUUAAUAAGCUCGCGAAUCGAUUUUAAGAAAUUCAACUCGGCGGAGAAACUGUUUUUAUCACAAAGUUACUGAGAAAUAGAGCAAAGUUUACAAUAGGUCUAGCACUUAAUUGAGUUAUGCCCGUUUUCACCAUCAAUCCCUAAUUUUUAAGUGACCCCUAUGGUAACACUUAACAGGCAUUUUGUUGUCAUAAUGGUCACUUAAAAAUUAGGGAUUGAUGGUGAAAACGGGUAUUAGUGUCUGAGGUACGGGAGCGGCACAGGAGGGUGUUUUUGAGACGUCAAACGUCUUCGGACUUCAGAUUGGUAUGCUCUAUCACGUCAUAAUUAUGUCAAUGUCACCCCUCUGUUACGAGAGCCUAAACCUCAGACACUAACUCAGUAAAGCGUAGACCUAGACCUUACAAAACAACAAGUAUGUAAAUUGAUGAUAUAACACAAGUGCGUUUUAUGUCUUAGGACAUUAUCUCCCGCUAAGAUUUUGUUGUACUAGUACAUUAUAAAUUUUUAUAUUUCAAUCAAACAUUCUAAACAACACGACUUGAAGAUUAAAUGACCAAUACUGUUUCGUCUCCAGUUGAGACUACUUUGACUUAAUUCACUGAGAAAACUAGAUAUUUUGUAAUUCGCUUAAGAGCGAUCAAUGUUAUUUUUAUUACAUAAUUAAUCUGAUUUAUAAAUACACUCUUCAAAACACUAACAAAGAAAACUCUUAGAAAAACAACACGUAAGUUGUCUAUACUAUUUAUAGUAAUACAUCUUAACAAUAUACUACAAGAAA